GUGUAAAAUAUGGCUCAUCAGGAGAAGGCAACAAGUGGAGUGGAGUGGAGAAUAACUUUGGGAGAUGGGUCAUCAAAGAGUCUGGUCCCAGAUGCAGGGCCUGUCAGCAGAAUAUGGAUAGGGCUAAAGGGUUUGAUAGCAGGGUUGGUUUUGAAAGUAUGGAAGUUUUUAAAGAGAGCAGGGGAUAUAGGGGUAGAUGACCCUAGAAAAGUGAUCCAUUGUCUAAAAGUAGGAAUGGCACUCACUGUUGUCUCACUCUUUUACUACAUGAGACCUCUGUAUAAAGGUGUGGGUGGAAAUGCUAUGUGGGCUAUAAUGACGGUUGUGGUAGUCUUUGAAAAUACUGUAGGUGCAACGAUAUGCAAAAGUUUGAAUAGAGUGUUUGGAACAACUCUUGCUGGCUUUCUUGCCUUUGGUGUCCAUUGGGUGGCUAGUCAGUCAGGACAGGAAUUUGAGCCCUUAAUCACUGGAGCUUCAGUUUUCUUGUUAGCUUCUACCGCAACCUUCUCUAGAUUUAUUCCCUCAGUGAAAGCUCGGUUUGAUUAUGGUGCCAUGAUCUUUAUCCUCACUUUCAGUCUUGUCACUGUGUCUGGUUAUCGAGUGGAUAAAUUGUUUGAUAUGGCUCAUCAAAGAAUAUCUACCAUUAUCAUCGGAACUUCUUUAUGCAUUCUUGUUACCAUGUUUAUUUGCCCCAUCUGGGCUGGCGGGGAGCUGCAUAUUCUUAUCAGCAACAACAUGGACAAACUUGCCAAUUCUUUAGUUGGUUGUGUAGAUGAGCAUUUCAAUUACAAUGGUGAACUGAAAGACAGCGAUAAACAACCUGACAAGAAAUUGCUUGGUUACAAAUGUGUGCUCAGUUCCAAGGCCACAGAGGAAUCCAUAGCCAAAUUUGCUAGAUGGGAGCCUGCGCAUGGCCGCUUCAACUUCAAACAUCCAUGGCAACAAUACCUUAAAAUUGGUGCAUCAAUGCGCAGCUGCGCUUACUGUGUUGAGGCUCUUAACAGGUGCAUUGAUUCAGAAAAUCAGGCCCCUGAGUUCACAAAGAAGCAUCUGAGCAAUAUUUGCCUGAAAGUGAGCUCCAACUCUUCCAGUGUUAUAAAAGAGGUAGCAAAAACUAUCAAGACAAUGAAAAGAUCACCCUCCAUAGAUUCCUUGGUUGAAGAAAUGAGGAGUGCAGUGCAGGAUCUGCAAAAUGAAUUAAAUUUUCUUCCUAAGGUGCUGAGUCCUCCAGAAGUAUUACAUCCUGAAAGCAAGGAAACAGAAGAAACAACCUCCUCCACAACCCAUCUCCUGGAAGUUAUUCCAGUGGUAACUUUUGCUUCGUUAAUGAUAGAAAUCUCUUCAAGGAUCCAAGCUAUUGUAGAAACGGUGGAAGAACUAGCUGAGUUAGCUGAGUUCAAGGGUGAAGUUCAGGAGAAGGCCAAACAAAAUCAACCGAAUACUAAUAGAAUUGUAGCAAGUCAGCUAAAUGAUGAUCAGCAAACUAUGAAGGCUCUUGAAAGGGUCUGAUCAGUUUCCAUAUCAGUAUCAGUGGAAAAGGAAACAUUUAGACAGGAUGGAUGCAGUGUAAUAAA